AGAGGCAUGGACUGAGUGCCGGCAGACGGAAACGCCAGUGCUCGGUCUGCAGUCGUCCCCGCAUCAACAUAUAUAAAAUGUGCUCCAUAACGAACAAGAAAGUCCACUGGAUCUUGUAUAUUUUGAUCCUCUACGGCAAAGUAAUUAGUGGUGAAUCGCUGGCUUUGAACUCAGUGCUGAAAGACCUCUGUAGCAGAUCCCUCGCCAAUCUCAUCUUCCAAAUUUGCACCGGGGACAUUCCCGUGCAAGACCUGCCCUCGUCUAGUCUUUCGAGAAGAUCGAAACGAGCUGCGCUGUUCUACGCGACGGAGCGCCACAAGAGACAGAUCGUCGACGAGUGCUGCCUCCACCCGUGCACCGUGGCCCAGUUGGUCGAGUACUGCCCAGAGAACUGGUGAACUUCCUUCAUGUUCCCAGAAAAACUUUUUCGAGCACGCCCGUGUGAUUGUUUUUUUGGAGUCGGUCGGUGGCGAAGCAAACGCGAAACCUCGAGUUGAUCUCAAUAAUUUACGUACUUAUAUUGGAGUUUGCUUUUGAGAAUAUUUUCGAGCAUUGGUAAAAUGCGAGACGAAAUGACGAAUAAAAAGUAGAAAUUUAAGAUACAAACUUUAGCAAGUAAAUUAAAAUAAUGUUAAAGAUCGUGACAUAAGACUGAAAAUUUCAGAACUACAACUAAUAAUAAUGUAAAAAGUAGGAGUAAGAAGUGUAAUCGAUUAAUUUUAAGUGAAAGAAAGAAUCAGUCCAAAGUGGAUAUAAUCUAACGAUGAUACGACAAGUCUACUUUCUUAAUAAUAAGUGCUAUGUUAUAAUAAAGUGAUGUUUAUCCAAUAA